AUCUUCCAGAUUUGCGCAUAUCGACAAUUUUCCGAGCUUGCUGGAGAUACAAAGUACGGCGGCGAUUUUACGUAGUUCACGUGUUUCAAGGACUUUUAUUGUGUACUCGAAAAUGGCUGAGGAAGCGCAUAAGGUAACGUUGAAUGUCUAUGACCUAAGCCAAGGCUUGGCACGCCAGCUCUCGCAAUCACUCUUGGGAAAGGUUAUCGAAGGUGUAUGGCAUACAGGAAUAGUUGUCUAUGGAAAUGAGUACUUUUUUGGAGGAGGAAUACAGCAUUUGCCAGUUGGACGAACUCCAUAUGGAACACCAAUUCGAACGAUAGAGUUGGGUCUAUCACAUGUUCCUAAAGAUGUAUUCGAGAUGUAUUUGGAAGAAAUCAGUCCUCGUUACACCGCUGAAUCUUACAAUCUACUUACUCACAAUUGCAACAACUUCAGCAACGAGGUUGCUCAGUUUUUGGUUGGUAAAGGGAUUCCUGACUACAUUCUUCAGCUUCCCAAUGAUGUUCUAAACAGCCCCAUGGGUGGUCUUAUAAUGCCUAUGUUACAAGGCCUCGAAACAACUCUAAAAGCUGGUGCUGUUCCUCAAGUUCCACAGUUUAGGCCACAGCCACAACCUUUUGGAGCUUUUAGCAAAGAUGAUGGUCCAAAAAUUGAGAAAGCCUCUAAGCCUGAGGCAGCAAAAGCCUCAGCUGCAACUGAGAAAGUGCCGCCUGUUGUUCAACCAUCAGCUAGUAAAGAGAAGGUGAAGGAGGACCCGUUGGGUGAUGCUAGGGCCAAGAUUCAGGAAGAGAUUACAUCUGAAUUUGCAGCUCUCAUGGCACAAGGCACAUUACGAGCAAGUGAAGCAGCAGCUAUGGCGACUAAAAGAGUCAUGCAAAAGUAUGGACAUCUCAAUGUAAAUGCUUAGUGCAAAAUGAAACCCUUUAUUUUUA